UUCCGUGUUUUCUUCUCUACAACAAUGGCCGUGAAGAAGAUCUCGAAAGCUGAAAAGAAGAUCAACUAUGACAAGAAGCUCUGCCGUCUUAUGGAUGAGUACUCACAGAUCCUGAUUGUCGGUGCCGAUAAUGUUGGUUCCAACCAGAUUCAGAACAUACGACAGGGUUUACGAGGCGACUCGGUGCUGCUGAUGGGAAAAAACACGAUGAUGAAGCGGACUGUCAGGCUCCAUGCCGAGAGGACCGGAAACGAUGCUCUCAACAACCUCGUUCCGUUGCUUGUUGGAAAUGUUGGAUUGAUUUUCACCAAGGGUGAUCUGAAGGAAGUACGAGAAGAGGUUGCCAAAUACAAGAUUGGUGCUCCAGCCCGUGUUGGUCUUGUUGCUCCAACUGAUGUUGUUGUUCCGCCUGGAAAUACAGGCCUGGAUCCCUCCCAAACUUCUUUCUUCCAGGUGCUCAACAUCUCAACCAAGAUUAACAAGGGUACAGUGGAAAUCCUGACUCAUGUGGAACUAAUUAAGAAGGGUGACAAGGUGGGCUCAUCCGAGUCAGCCCUUCUCGCUAAGCUGGGGAUACGGCCAUUCUCGUAUGCACUUGUUGUGCAAUCUGUUUAUGAUAAUGGAUCAGUUUUUGAUCCUGAAGUGCUUGAUCUCACAGAAGAUCAUCUUGCCCAGAAGUUUGCAGCAGGGCUCUCAAUGGUUUCUUCCCUAUCUCUGGCAAUCUCAUUCCCAGCUCUUGCUGCUGCCCCUCACAUGUUGAUGAACGCCUACAAGAAUGUUCUCGCUAUUUCAGUGGAAACAGAGUACACAUUCAAACAGGCAGAGAAAGUGAAAGAGUAUUUGAAGGAUCCAAGCAAAUUUGCAGCUGCAUUUGCUCCAGCCGCUUCUGCUAGCUCUGCUGCUGCCCCAGCUGCAGCCAAGUUGGAGGAAAAGAAAGAAGAACCAGAAGAAGAAUCAGACGACGAUUUUGUUUCUGGUUUGUUUGAUUGAGUUGUCUUUGAAGGUAGGAAGUAGUAUGCAGCAUGGACUGACAGGGACAUAAUAACACGAGCACCUUUGUUCGAACCUCUCAAUUACCCUUUUUUGCUACA